CUCCCUUCCUCUCUCACAGCAAUGCAGGCUUCUGCCACAGCGGAUGAGAAACGACUGUGGAAAACAUGCGGGGCAGUUUUGAAAGAUGAUGUUUGGAUGGGUCCUGAUAACAAACCUAGUCUCCCCAGGAAAUUUUUUCCUCACUACGCUAAAUUAACACAUGGUAAAGACCAUGUGUCAAAAGGGGGGAUGUUAAAUGAUAUAACCAAAUUUUGGUUCACAAAGGGGUUUUCAAGCUACGCUCAAAAAUACUGUCAAGCAUGUAUGGUGUGUGCAACACAUAAUGUGGGACGACCGGUGGCCGUAACAGGUCAGGCAGCGCAUACACCACCCACUAGACCUUUUGAACACAUAAUGAUGGAUUUCAUCGAGCUCACCCCAUCAGAGGGAAAGUCACAUUGUUUGGUAAUGGUAGACAUGUGGUCAAAAUGGGUUGAAGCUUUUCCAGCCUCCAAACAAACCGCCAGCGUGGUGGCAAAGGCGAUUCUCUCGGAGAUAAUCCCCAGAUGGGGAAUCCCGGGCAGAAUCUCCAGCGACAAUGGCACCCAUUUUGUAAAUGAGGCUAUUAAACAAAUCAGUGGCUACAUGGGGUUUGAUCUUAGAACACACUGUGCAUACCAUCCUGCUAGUGGUGGAGCUGUAGAGAGAGAGAAUGGAACCCUAAAAGCGAAACUGGCUAAGUGCUGUGAAGACACAGGUCUCUCAUGGACAAGAGCUCUGCCCCUGGUGUUGAUGUACAUGAGAAUGAGGAGGAGGGCCAGAACAAAUUUGUCACCUUUUGAAGUAUUGUUUGCAGCACCUCCUCAUGUUGGAACACAGCCUCCGGACUCUCCACCCCCAUCUACCUCACUGUGUGAGCAUGACAUGAUCACAUAUUGUACUAACCUCUCAUCUGCUCUCUCCUCCAUAAGACAGCAGGUGACAGCAACACUCCCACGACCGGCAGCAUUCCCACUGCACUCUCUGCAGCCAGGGGACUACGUAGUGGUGAAAGACUUCAGGAGAAAAAACUGGCAAGCCAGAAGGUGGCAGGGACCAUUUCAGGUGUUACUCACAACCCACACAGCAAUAAAGGUUGCUGAACGAGCCACUUGGAUCCACGCCAGCCACUGCAGAAGGGUACCGGACCCUAGCACAACUACUCAGACACAAUAGACCAACGACGAGGGUGUCACUGACAUUGGCCAGCACGACUAGCGGUGGCUGAUUAAGUGAGCGUCACAAGUGACGUACGCAGUUACACUGCCCUCAACCAACUCUACAAUAUGAUGUAACUGUUUGAAUCUAAGUGAAUUUCAGUUACUGACACCACACAGUUGAAAAUUUUGUAUAUUCUUUAUUGAUCAAUAGUAUGAUCAAAAGGGAGGAGUGUAAUGGAAAAUUUUAAUACAUUAUGAUACAUUUUAUGUAAACACUUUAAUACACUCUAUAGUAACCUCACUCUCAUGACUUAUAGUGCAUGCACUCUAUGUAACCUCAUGCUUAUGAACUAUUGUGUGUACAAAAAUGCCUAACUGUUUCAAGGGUGCCCUCAGCACCUGGUACCUCUCCCACACGAUGAAGAUUAACGGUCAACCGGUGAUUACAAUGUCUCAAUUGUUUUACUGUCGCUAUGGGAGGAGAGGAUGACUCCUCUAGAGACUGGCCCCAGACAUCUCCCUUUGAUCAAGGUUAUGACGUUCAUUCAAACUGUUAUCUCCUAUGUACCACCUGAUUUGUUUCUCUUUCUUCAAUAAAUAAGGGUGCAGCUCUGAAAAGGGAGUCCUUCUCAUGCUAACAAGCGGAGAGGCUCACUCUGCGCAGAGUUACACCCGGGUGA